AUGGACGUCCUGAGAUUCGUGCCCGGUGGCGUCAGGCCGCCGCCGCUGCCAACCUUCGCGGCGCCGGUGUCCGCCGCGCCUGCUCCCUCGCCGCACGCCGCUGCCGCUGCCGCUUCCCCGGCCCCCGGGUUCCACUCCCCGCUGCUGGGCCUGUGGCCGCGCCGCCGCGGCGGGGGCGCCGAGAAUGCCCUGGGCGCCGCCGUGGCUGCUGAGGCGGCGGCGGGCGUCGAGGAGGCGAGGGACCGGCGUCGCAGGCGGGCGGUGGAGGGGGAGGACGACGGCAGGGGCGGCGGCGGCGGAAACUGGGUGCUGCAGAUACUGUGCGUGCAGUCGUCGUCGCCGCCGCCGCCAUCGCCGUCGCGCGACGAGGGGCCUGGUUCCGGCGAGGGGGACGGGAAUAGUAGCCAGCGGUGCGCGGGGAGGUGCGGCGCCGGGCCGGACAGCGAGGAAGGCUGCUCGGUGUCUGACGCGGAGGAGCUCGAUCGCGCCGCGUUUUCGAGGUUGCUGCGGAAGGUGUCGCUCGCGGAGGCCAAGUUGUACUCCAGGAUGUCCGGACUCUGCAACUUCGCCUACAUGGUCCCCCGGAUCAAGCCAAGGUAUCUCCAGAAGUACAACAUGACGUUUGUAACAUCGUCAGUUGAAGAGAGGGCAAAACUUCCAAAUCCUUGUAACCAGGACCAAAAUCCCAAUGACAGGAAGAACACAAACAGAGGCACGCCGUCCAGACAUUCCGAUGAACAAGAGUCAACAUAUGGCACUACCUCUGAACAUGAGAGAAUGCAGGAGCACCAAAGUGGCCAAGGGAUAAAUCCAUUGGCAGCUUACCGAAUUGCUGCAUCUGCUGCUUCCUAUGUGCAAUCUCGAGCCAUGGAAGUUCUUCCCUUCGGUUCUCAGAGUGAGGGUAGGCGAGAUCGUACUAUCCAGGCCAUUGUAAAUGCGCAAACUGAAGGUCUGACAAUGGACGAGGCUUCGUUUGUGGCCACAACAAAUUCAAUGACCUCGAUGGUUGCUGCAAAGGAGGAAACAAAGCAGGCGGUUGCAGAUGACCUGAACUCUUCAAGAUCUUGCCCUUGUGAAUGGUUCAUUUGUGAUGAAAAUCAAAGCAGCACAAGAUAUUUUGUGAUUCAGGGCUCAGAGACAAUUGCUUCAUGGCAGGCAAACCUUCUAUUUGAACCAACUAAAUUUGAGGGUCUUGACGUGCUCGUUCACAGGGGGAUAUAUGAGGCUGCCAAAGGGAUAUACCGGCAAAUGCUACCAUAUGUCAAAUCUCACUUUAUUAGUCAUGGCGAAUCUGUAAGGUUACGAUUCACUGGGCACUCUCUUGGUGGAAGCCUGGCUUUGCUUGUGAACCUGAUGUUCCUAAUAAGAGGAGUAGCUCCAGCUGCUUCGUUACUACCUGUCAUAACAUUUGGUUCACCAUCUGUCAUGUGUGGUGGUGAUUACUUGCUUCAAAAGCUUGGUUUGCCAAAAAGUCACGUGCAGUCCAUUACCUUGCACCGGGAUAUUGUUCCUCGAGCAUUUUCUUGUCACUACCCGGAUCAUAUUGCUAGCAUCCUGAAGCUUGUCAAUGGAAACUUCCGCAGUCACCCUUGCCUUACAAACCAGAAGCUGUUGUAUGCCCCUAUGGGUGAGGUGUUCAUAUUGCAACCAGAUGAGAAGCUGUCCCCCCAUCACCACCUUCUUCCAGCAGGCAGUGGCCUGUACCUCAUUGGCGGACAGGCAGUGGAUUCAGAUACUUCAUCCACGGUACUGCGAUCUGCAUUGUCUGCCUUUUUCAACUCCCCGCAUCCCCUCGAGAUCCUCAGGGAAGCUGGUGCCUAUGGUCCCAAGGGUACUGUCUACAGAGACCAUGACGUGCACUCGUAUCUAAGGUCGAUACGAGCGGUGCUGCGGAAGGAGAUGAGAGCGGAGAAGGAGAGGCGACGGCGGCUUCUGCAGUGGCCCAUUGAGGUGUAUGGUACGCUCGCCACCAUAGACCGGAGGCAUGUGCUGAGGCAGCUCCGGAGGCACGCGCACUUGCUGGUCGUUUUCUUGUUGCCGGCAAAGCUGCUCUUCCUGGGCGUCCUGUCAGUCAUCCGACCCAACUGA